UGUUGAGGUUUUGCGCUUAUAAGCAAUAUUUCACGCUGAAACUGAGCAAAAAUAGACGAUUAGAAACUUUAAUCAAAAUAUUUGUAAAUAAUUUAAAAUUUCUCUUGGAUAUCUAAGACUUAUUUAUAAUUAUCUUACUCUUUGAUAAUUAUUUAUCUUGAAAAUACAUAUGUUUUUUUAAACAAAUAUUUUUCGACUGAGAAAAAAGAAGAGCAUUGAUUAUCUCUAAAUCAAAAAUUUCAUUGAGCUUCAAAUGGGUGGACCUCAUAAAUUAAAAGGAUUACGAGCAGUCUCAUUUUAUGGGGGUCUCUUUGGAUUGAUAGGAGUAGCUGUGUAUGCUGUUGCUAUAUAUCCGUAUCAACAUAUUGAUGAAUAUCAAAAAAUACAAAAAAUUACCAGAGCUGGUGUUAAUCAAGAAACAAUUCAACCUGGAGGUAUGAAAGUUUGGUCUGAUCCUUUUGAUAGGAAAAAGAAUUAAGUUGAAUGAUAACUAAAAAUAUUGUACAUUUGUUACAUAUUAAUCAUGCUGUCUAGAGAAUGCAAUUGCAUGCAUGAAACAUCAUGCAUCUUUGUUUGUAUUAAAUUAAAGCAUGCUUGCCCUGACUAGGGUCAACAAUUUUUUUGUUGUACAUAACGUAAAUAAAAAUUAGUGUUCUUUACUGAA